GUUAACAUGCACCUAGCCGCCUAGCAUAACAGGUCAACAGAAAGCAACAGCUAGGAGUGUAAAUAGUCCCAUGUUGGGGGAAACCGCACUGAGAAAUGAGUAAAAACAAAGAGUGCUCUUUGGCUACAUGUUAGUGAAGGUGCUUCUCCAGUUGUAACCACUGAGCUGAGGAGUGUCACAGUGAAAGUGGCCAUGUAUCCUUUAAACUGUGAGGCAGAGACCUCACUUCAGGACCUGUUCGAGUACUUCAAGAGGUGCCUGCAGCAUGGAGAGUGGGAGUUGGCCAGUGCCUGUGUGCCACAGCUGGUUAACUCAGAACUUUCAGAAAACCUGCGGGACACAAUCAAAGCUAUCGUCUGCCAUCCUUACAAUUUAAAGUGGGAGUCUGUGGGCAGUCCACACAAACUGGCUUGGUUUUGGCUUCAGGUUUUGGAUAAAUGGACAGAAGAGAAGGUUUCUCCCAGUAUCAGAAGAGAGUUGGAGUUCCUGCUGCUCCUGGAGGAACUGGGUUCAGAGGGCAUAACAGAGACUGUUUUCAAGGAGUUGCACCAGGCCUUCUUGGGCACCCAGCCUGACCAAAAGGCUGCAGAAGGUUUGAGGACAACAGAUGCUGCUGUGGAGUCUUGUCUCCGAACCUUAUUGGAGAAAAAGAAGCCCAGGCUGGCCCAGUGUUUAGCACAUUUCUUACAGUCAUCCACAGAGGACCAUACUCUGCAGCACACAUUUGUCCAACACCUGAUGAAGAAACUGGGAAAGCCAGAGAGGAAUCCAGAGAAUGUGGAGGAGUGGGUGGAGGAGAUAUAUGCAGUGUUGGCCGUGAUGCCGUGGAGCUCGCGUAAGAGUGGUGGGCAGUUUGAGGCGCUGUGUGAGGCCCUGUGGGCAGCCAGAGAUGGGCCCCUGAGAGAGGAGAGGAUCCUGAGCUCGCUGCUUCGCCCUCAGUGUGAUGCUCUCGUCUCUGUGUACUGCGCCACUGCUCUGAGGCUGCAGAGGGAUCACCUGCUGAGGAGCACACCUGAUUCACAAGUGGACCUCCCUGAAGCAGAGAAGCUGGCUCUCAGUUUAUGUUGCCACAAGGAUCGUCCAUCUGUUUGGAAGACCAUCUUCUUUGAGUGCCUUAGUAGUGGGAAGCACUUCCUGGAGCAGGUCUUGGUCACUGCACUUGACCUGAUUAAACACGAGGAGUUUUCUCAGCUGAAAGACUUACUGCAGCUGGAGUUCCAGCCGUUGUCCCGUCUGCUGUUGCUGCUGGGUUGGACUCAGUGUCGCAGUCUGAGCUCAGCUCAAAUGCUGCUCAGUAUCCUUCACCGUGAGCAGGCACCAGCCAAUGACUCUGUUCUGCAGGAGUUUGCCAAUCUUUUGUCCUCUCAGCUUGGAAUACUUGAAUGGUGUAAAAACAACAAUCCAGGUAUUUCCAUGGAGGCACUGCUGACACAGCUUCACUCUCUGGACAAUCAUUCAGCUCUCUAUAUCCUGCAUUCUCUGACUCCUCUGCCUCAGUUCGAAGAGCGCAGGAUACUGGAUCUGCUGCAGCAACUGCCAAAUUCCCCACAAACAGAGGACCCCGAGGCCAUCACUACUCUCAGCCCUGGUGUACAGAGGAACAUAGUUUUGUUCCAGGGGUUCUGUGCCAUGAAGUAUGCCAUUUAUGCUCUCUGUGUAAAUGCACAUAAAUACUCAAAUUGCACUGAGUGUGAGUACGUGCAUCAGCAACAGCACCAGCCCACUGAAGCAGAGGCAGACCAGAAUCAAGCCUCGGCUUCCUCUGAAGGAUGCCAUUUGCUGUUCCAGCACUACUUGUCAGAGUGUCAGCUCUAUCUGGAGGGGGUGCCCGCCAUGUUCCGCCUGGAGCUCCUGGAGAACAUCUUCUCCCUUCUCUUUCUGUCCACUGCUGACUUUGCACAGCAGAUUCAAAAAGACACAAACUCAAAUCUGAACACAGGGAACGUCAGUCAGGACUGUUUAUCAGAUACAAGAAACACAAAUGUAGAAUUAGGAACCAAAGCAUCGACAGAUGAGAUUGAUCAGAGCAGGAAAGAGAGCCAGACGCUGCGUCCAGGUUCACUAACAGCAUCCCACCGCAGCCACCUGGACCUGGGACAUUUCAUCCAGGGCUGCAGGGGUUUUGUGGCAGAUGUGACAGCCAUGGAGGGUUUUCUGAAGCUGCUGAAAGAAGGGUUGGAGGGCAUAUGUGUGGUGGGUCAGCAGGAGGGGCAGGAGGCGGGAAGAGCGCUGCCUCGAGAGGCUGAGGCGGCGGAGAGUCUUGGCUGCUCAGUGGCGGCUGAGACGUUUGGGGCUCGUCUGCAGAGGUUGUCCAAACGCACUGCGGAGGCUCAGUGGAGGCUGCAGAUCAUCACCAGCAACCAGAGGAGUGGAAGUGGCUCAGAAAGCCCCCUCCCGAUGUCAGCGGUCAGCUGUACUGCCACUUCUUUGGGACGCAGCAAGAGCUCGAGUCUGAGGAGGAGGAAGAGACCAGUGAGACAUGCUACAGAGAGACAGUCCUCCACAGAGAAACACAACGGAGAAGUUAGCACGAGUGCUUCAGAUGGUGGAGGAGGGGCCGCAGCAGGUUGUGUGGAACUGGAGGUUUGUCCCUGUGGAGGUCCUCACAGUUGGCUGGUCCCCACCAUGUUGUCUCCUCCAGAGUCUCUGCUGAUAUCCUGCAUUCGCAGAGGAAACUUCAUGGAGGCCCGUCAGGUGUCCCUGGUGUUUGAUCUCGGGGCGUCUGCUUGUUGUGGCGAGUUGGUGUUCAUGGAGCGCUACAAAGACGUUCUGGUUGAGUUGGCCCGGGUUGAGCAGAAGAUGGAGAGCCAGUCUAUGUCUUCAUCGUCAUCCUCCUCAGAGGGCUUAGGGUCGACGGCGGUGUCAGGCACGGGGAGGGCUCGCCUGGGCAGCAGUGGGCGGUCAACACUGCAGGCGAUCGGAAGUGCUGCUGCUGCAGGUGUGGCUUUCUACUCCAUCUCAGACAUAGCAGACCGUCUCCUCAGCACCCCUGCUCACCCGAUGCCCUCACUGGAGGAAGGCUACUGGCUGAGCUCCUGCUCUUCAGACCCCUCCAGCCUCCUUUACACAUUGCUGGAGGAGCUCAGCCCAGCAGCCAUGGCGGCCUUUGACCUGGCCUGCUGCCACUGUCAGCUUUGGAAGACGUCCCGACAGCUGCUGGACACAGCAGAGCGCAGGCUCAACAGCAGCCUGGAGUCUCGGGGAGUAAAAGUUGACCCCAGGGUUCCUCAUUCUGAGGGGAUCUGCGGAUUUCCCAUGAUACUACAACAGAUCAACAAGAUCCUGAAUCACUCUGCUACUAACAAGGGCUCAGUCAAAACAGAAGCUGUUGGGGAGGACCAAGUAUUUGCCAGCCCAUUUGGGUGCUGCAUCCAAGAGGUGCUCCUGUGUUGCCACCCUACGCUGACUGAAGAGUGCAUCGCUGCUCCGCUCAGCAUGGCUCAACGCUUGGAGAGCACCCUGCAAAUUCUGAGCACUGCUACGGAUGGCACAGAGGGCAGCGUGGGCAGCGCUCUUCUGGAAUUAUUGGUUGAACAGGCCAGUCUGAAGCAGUCAGAGCUAGACGCUCAACCUGUGCGCUCCCGCAUGAAACAGCUGCUUCGUUCUCUGGACCAGCUCUGCCCCUUUGAGCCAGACGGAGAUCUUGCCAGACCAGAUUAUGUGCGGAGUUUCCUUGACUACGUCAACACGUUGGCAUCUGUGCUGGUGCGCAGCCUGAGCUCAGAAGACCAGAGCAGUGAAGUGAAGCUUGGGAAUCCUUUGCUGGUGUUGCUCCAAACCCCAUUUCAGCUUCUCUCCCACCUGCUGUUUGACAAACAGGUGUCUCCUGACAGAGUGCUGUCCUUACUGCAGCAGGAAGGUCUGAGACUGAGCGUCCAGCAGGUGAUUGUCCAGCGAUGCUGUGAGACUUUGCCCAUGUGGUUCUCCUGUCCUGGUCCUGAAGGAGACUCCAGUCAGGCCAAAAAAGAUGAUGGAGUGUUUGGUGUUGCCAGUUUGUCUGUCCUGCUCCAACAGCAUGCUCAGCAGCACAUGCCUAUUCUGGGAAUCUCAGAGCCCCAGUCUGAUGUGAGCUCUGAGUCUGAGGCUUCAGUGGAAGACUACUCUGCUACAUCCACCAACCUCUCCACCUCGCCACCCUCUCAUUCGUCCUCCUCCCCCUCUCCCUCAAACUCUUUCCUCCUCACACCGUCAGCCCUGGCUUUCCUAAAGUCUCGCUCCCCCCUACUGGCGGCGCUGGCAUGUCUAAGUGCCUGUAAAGGAGAAACUGCCCGGACACAGUCCUCCGGAUGGUCAGGGUAUUUCCGCAGUGGACGUAAAGAAGUUGUCCUAGACGGUGAGCAGAUUUCUCGUGAAGCUGAUAACCUCCUGAAAGAGUUUCCAAUCCUCUGGGCCUACCUGCACACCAUGGCUGAACCAGUGCUGGGCACCCUGUUAAGUGAGGGCGAGGAAGGCUCUGUUGGACUUGGGGCAGUUGUUUGUGGGAGACCUCUUGUCACCCUCCUGCUGUCUGGACCACAGGACGAAGUUGCCCAAGCUGUGGCCGCUGAGGCCUUCCAGAAUGCUCUUUCCUCCAGAGACCUGGGCCGAGCUCUCAGCCUGCUGGAGCUGUAUGGGCAAGGCUGCAGCCAGGAGGGGGCGCUGAGAGACCAGCUACUUGCCUGCGCUGCUUUAGAAGCUGAUGAAGGUGAAGGAACAGGUCACCUGUUCCGCGUACAGGAUGCGAACCUGCGAGCCCGCGUGGCCCUCCAGGCUCUGGAGCGAUGGCCUCUGUCGGCCUGCCUGGAGCUGCUCGAGUUCUGCCUCAAUGACCCGAAAACAGCACAGACACUGAGAACAGACUUACAGCUCAAAAAGAAAGAACUGGACGUCUAUCGCUGGAUGUUGAAUUUACAGCCUCCGUUACCCUGGGCUACUUGGCAGGAGCUGAGGACUGAGUCGAAGACAAACUCUGAGUCUAUGUUGUCCAUGAUGCUGGAGGCGAAAGAGUUUGCUCUUUGCGCACAGUGGGUGGAGCUGUAUCCUGUGUCUGACCAGCUGAGGCUGCAGCUACAGACCGAGCAUUUGCUUCAUUUGCUGGAGAAGAAACAGAUAAACGAGGCUUUCCAGCUACUCGAGGGUCUGUCUGAUUUUGUGGUUGGCCUGGACGUUUGUGAGCGAGCUCUGGACCGCUGCCCCGGACUGGCUGCGUGUCACUUCCUGGCUGACUACCUCACCCUGCAUUUUCAGAGGCAGGUGUCUCCAGCACGUCGGCGACACAUCCACGCCCUUCAUCUGGGCUCUAAGGCGUUGCUGACUCUGCCCCCAGCAGCCAGGCAGGACUAUUUCCCCCUGCUGUCGGAGCCUCUGCUGAUGCUCGAGCAGCUUCUGAUGAACCUGAAGGUGGACUGGGCAGACGUGGCUGUGCGAACCCUGCGGAGCCUCCUGGUUGGUCGAGAGGCCGGCUUUGGUGCCGAGGACAUUGAUAAGCUUCUGGCAAGCUAUGCCGGCAAGGCCCUCGACUUCUCCUGCGCCCCCAGAGAGAGGUCUAGAUCUGACUCUGUAAUCAGCCUCCAGGACGCACUGACACAGUGUCCUGCUCAAGAGAGCUCCUCCCUAUCGUCCAGUCGAAUCGAAACUCCGACACCCUCUACAAGCAGCACCCCAACACACACCCCCUGUGCAGACAGGGAGAGGGAUCGAAGCUCAGCAGGGAGAAAACGCCGCUCGCCUGCCAAGUUCCAGCCUCCAGACCAACCCCCAGCCCGUAAAGACUGGGUCCCUGACACCCAACAGGACGUGUGCAUGGUCUGCCAGCGUGAGAGGUUCACCAUGUUCAACAGACGGCAUCACUGUCGGAGAUGUGGUCGGCUGGUUUGUCACGCAUGUUCUGAGCAUAAGAUGCCUGUGGAGGGAUGCCCAGGAGAUGAAGUCAGAGUCUGUGACCAGUGUUACACCUACUUUCACCCAGAUUCUGAAGAUGAGCUGGAACCAGAUGAAGUGGCUGGAAGCCCUGUGGUGACAGAGGAAGUUUUAGAUGGGAUGCUGCAUCUGCCUGAAGUGGUUCAGCGACAGAUCCAACUCAGCAUCAACCCUGCAGAGAACCAGCUGCUGCGGAGCGAGUUCUACUAUGAACAGGCUCCCAGUGCAUACCUCUGCGUGGCCAUUUUGUCUCUGCACAGUGACCAAAUGGCCUGUGGACAUCAGCUCAUCCUCCACUGCCGCUCUCUGUCUUGUAAGUUGAAUAACCCAGAGGUGGACGCCUGCCUCCUCACCGACAUCAUGCAGCAGCUGCUAUUCAGUGCCAAGCUGAUGUUUGUCAAAGUUGGAUGCAACCAGGAUCUUGCCUUGUGUGACAGUUACAUCAGUAAAGUAGACGUGCUGAAGAUUCUAGUGACGGCCAAUUACAAAUAUAUUCCGUCUCUGGAUGACAUUCUGGAGACCACUGCUGUCACACGUCUUCGUAAUCAGCUGCUUGAAGCUGAGCACUACCAGCUCGCAGUGGAGGUGUCUACCAAGAGCGGCCUGGACCCUGGUGGCGUGUGGCAGGCAUGGGGGAUGGCCUCUCUGAAGGCAGGAAACCUUUCAGGAGCAAGAGAAAAGUUUUUCCGCUGUCUGAAGGCUCCUAUGGACCGCAACCAGCUCAACCUGGGUCCCUUACUGCUGCAAGAGAUUGUCCAGCACCUGGAGACCACUGUUCGACCCAGUGCGACCACGUCAUUUGGUGAAGACAUCUUGGCGUCCCUGCGGGAGCUGGAGGACGUCCUGAGUGACGCAGGUCCUUUUGAGCGACCAGAGGGUCAAACACAGACCAGCAACCUCCACCAGGAGUGUCUGUACUACCUGAACACAUAUGGCACUCACCUGGCACUGAUCAGCUUCUACAUGCGUCAUGACUGCAUGACAGAGGCCCUGACAUACCUGCUCAACAAGGAUUGCCCAGAGGAGGUUUUUCUUGAGGGUGUGUUGCAGCCCAGUCUGGAGCGGGGGCGUCUUGGCACCCUGCAGGGGAUACUAGAAAAACUGGACCCUGGCCUGGAGACAUGCAGCCGUUACCUCAUCGCCUCCUGCCAGUUCCUGCAGAGACGUGGAUACUUUAACACUCUCUACCAGCUCCAGCAGUUCAUGAUGGAUCACGUUCGUGCGGCCAUGACCUGUAUCCGAUUCUUCACAUAUGGAGCCACUUCAUACCUGCAGCUGGGAGAACAGCAGCGCUGGUUGGUCAGAGCCAAAGAGCACCUGAAGACGUACCUGCAGGAGCAGCAAGGUCGGGGGACUGGGAGGAGAAAAUCUCAGGCCAACUCAUUUAGGAAAAUGAUGUCGUCCAGUGACGUGUCCAGGCAUAUGAACACAAUUGAGCUGCAGCUGGAGGUGACCCGCUUCCUCCACCGCUGUGAGACGGCUGCCUCCUCCAAGGCUCCACAGACCAGUACACCUUCCUCCAAGUCCUCUGGAUCCAGUUCACCGCCUACACUGUUUGGGGGAAGUCCCAUGAAGGUUGAGGUUGCCUGUAAGGUCAUGCUCGGAGGAAAAAACAUAGAAGAGGGGUUUGGCAUCGCUUAUCGAGUCAUACAGGACUUCCAGCUGGAGGCCCAGGCGGUUUAUGUGCGGGCCGGCCAAAGGCUUGUCAGACAGCGGCAGUAUGCAGCCGUACGGCAGCUGCUCAAAUGUGUUGGUGAAUCGGGCACUGCCACCAAAAACGACUGCGAUGCCCUCAUCCUCAGCUGUGUCUCCAUCGCAGAUAAGGGACCAGCUGAUGCGAAGGAGCUGGAAAAUCUCAUUCUAGAGGUCAAGACCACAGAAAUCAAGAUCAAAGCCUACCUACUGUGCAGUAAGCUGCGGCCCGCGUACCUGCAAGCGGUCAAGCUGGAGCCGAGCCGGGCGGGCCCGUUGGUCCAGGACGUCCUUCAGGCCGCUGAGGGAACACAGGACACAGUGAUGCAAAAUAUCUGUCGCCAGUGGCUGUCCGAACAUCAGAACAGGUCGUCUCAGCAGCGCCAGGGCCGACCCAACGCCAGGUAAAGGCACCGUCGGCACAACAAGGGAUUACACAGAGCACUUGAACUCAAAAACAGGUGAGCCACAAAUGAAGUGCAAAUAAGAGGAUUCAGGGUUUCUAAUGUAGCACCGCUCUGAGUGAGUGAUUAGUAAGCUUUCAGAUCAAUAUGACUGCACAUCGGAUGCAACAGGAGAGCAGCUGUUGUACAUAUUACGUUAUGUGGUCCACAGCUGCAGAUUAUAGUGACUAUGAUUGUUACCGCACACUUCACACCCACCAGAUUAUUAAAAUCUUAGAAAAUGAAAGAGUAAACAAUGUUUUGAGAGAUUGGCCGAUCAGGGAGAUCAUAUGUUGUGUGAUAGGAUCAUAAACACAAUGAAAACCACUUGUUCUUUGGCUCCAGGUGCGUCAUACUAACACUAUCAUAAACUGUGUAGCAAGCAUAUUCAUAGUCUUGCAUUAUAAGAGUUUUCCACCAUUUUAACAUUGCGCUUCUGUAACGUCCUCGGUCUCAUGAUGGACAGUUUAAAAAAAAGUAUGCGAUUUUUCACAGCUCCCAGUGGAGACACAAAAGACUUUAAACAACAACGACAGAUAUCGAUGUGUAAAACUGGUUCCAGAAGACUAAGCUCGCAGAUUUUAACAUUUUGUAUUAUGGGACAUUUUUAAACACAAAUGAUUUUUACCUCAGUGUCAGCUCAUGCUGUAUUGCCAGGUUCAUUUUAAAAACUGUUUUUGGUGAGCAGCCACGUUUUCAUCCACUGCACAGUGGUUGUAUCUGCUGUACACAAAAAUCCUCUUACCAGGAAAUGUUACUUCAGCAGAACGUGUGUAUUAUUUAGCUUUGAAUCAUUUGGAUAAUGCGACUCUCAGUAUAUGCUGACAGCAAAUGCUGAGGAGCUGAAAUGGGGCACUGGAGUCAAAUGAAUGAUUUUGGUGUGAUCCCCUGUAAGUCUUGUUAUUUUUUUCUGACCUACAAUGGUUUUAAUUCUCACCUUGCUGCAGUGAUGUACAGGUGUGCUCCAUUGCCCCUUGACAUCACUGUUAGGUGUGCAACAAAACAAACUCGUGGCCAUACCCAUCACUUAUACCAGGUGUGGUUAGAGGUGGAACAGACAAUAACAACCUUUCAACCAGAGAGGGCAGUGAAACGCUGAUUUCCGUCCUGGUGCUGGUGUUAAGUUACUGUUCCAGUGGAAACUUCUAGAAACCCUGACGAUCUCUUCCUCGUCAUUUGUGCGGCCUUCCUCUCUGUAAAACUAACGAAUCACCGCCGUGCUUUAUUUACAUUCUGGAAACAUUUUGCUGUUAUCGCUCAUCUGCACAGUAUUUGAGAAGGAACAAAGUUACUACGCUAGAGUGUCAGUGACAUCUCUUACAUAACAGAACUGCUAACUGGAAUGUAAACAGGUACACUCUUACACAAUAUGAGCAUAUUUAUACAGUAACUCAGUAUUUGACUAAGAUUUGUCUUCUACCUCAACCGAAAGGGAAAAUAUCUUGAACUGACUGGAAAGUCUCUGACAGAUGUGUCAUGUGUAGGUCUUUUUUCCCCCAUUGUUAUGUCCUUAUUGUGUCUGUGUGUGGAUAAGGUUUUUAUUUAGACGUAAACGUAACGAGGUGUCCUUCGCCAAGAACAGUACAUGUUCAAACCUUUAAGAAACUGAAAAAAUGUAGUGUUUUCUGGUUUUUGUAAUCCUGAUGAAGCUGUUUACAUGUUUUACAUUAUAUAGCACAUUUUCUGCCCAGCUUUCAGUAUACAUUCCCUUUUUGAUGAUGGGAAUUGAUAUCGAACAAUUUGAAGUAUUUAAGGGCAUUUAAUAUAAAAUACAUAAAAUAUAUCAAAUCUAAGAGUUUUAGGUUGGAUGCAGAAAGGGACCCACUUAUAGAUCAGGUUUAAUUCAUCAUCCAGAAAAUCAACUCCAUAGUCAUUAGCUUUGUCUCAUCUUAUGUCGUCUUGUGUUUUGGUACUGAUUACCCAGAGUGUUGCUAAUGUUAAAUCAUGCGUUUUGCUUUGUACUCAUCUGAGACACAACCCUUAUCUUUCUGAACUAUAUAAAUCUGUAAUGAUCAACUUUACACAGAUAAUGAGUCAAAUAAUGUUUCCAAAAAAGGGAUUUAACUGUGGCCAUAUGUUACCUGUUGAUGUGUGUUGUUGUUUUUGCCAGCUCCUUUCCCAAAUCUGCAAGCUGGCUAAACAGGCAAAACAGUGAAAAUGUAGUGACUCCAUAAAUCAUAUCUUUUCUUUUUAAUUCACUCACAUGACAAUCACCCAUGUUGCUGAAGCUGCCUUGUUAAGAAUGUGAAUAUUUCAGAGCUAAUCUAAUCAACGAGAAGUACAUCUUUAUUCAGAGGAAAUACUGUGUUGUCCCUUUGCCUUGCUUCCCUCUGCUGCACUAGUCUGAAGACCGACACUGACAGAUCCUCCUUUGAUAGUGAGUGUUGAUAGGCAAGACAUGAUAAGAAGCCAGUUUAGAUGUUUGAGAUGCACGCAUACAACAUUCUUGCACUCUAAUCCUCCUUAACUUGGACUGUUGUCUCAUCACUGCCGCACUUUAUAUUAGUGAAUUUAAAAAAUAAACUUUGGGGGUAAAAAAAAGUAAAAUAUGUAAUAAAGUAACUGCUUUAAUGAUGCAGGGACUAAUGAUCUUUGAAAUGUAAUUGAUUUCACCAUCCCUUGUAAAAUAAAAUGAAAUAAUACAUUUCUCUGUUCGUUAAUCAGUU